AUGAAGAUUGCAGCCAUUGCGACUCUUCUCGUCAUUGGCACAGGGUCGGUGAGUGGUCACCCGCCCUCGACACGCGCCCUCGGAGGGAACGUCGUCGUUCGCAAGUUCGCCACGGGGAGCAACACCUUCGUCGAUACCACUGUCGCGAUCGAUGUGAACGGGGACAAGACUCUCCAAUCUCUCAAACCACUGAGUCAUCCCCGGGCUGUACAGAUGAUUUCAACCACAUCCGACGCGAGCUAUGUCACCUGUGACUAUACUUGCGGACAUCGAGGCGCUGUGGACGGGAAGACGGCGAUCUGUGGCUCAACCACCAUGAAGUUCGGCGCGGCAUCCAAUAUUCUCGACGCCUCUUGGGUGGAUUCGGUCGACGAGGCCACUUGCUUCGUCAGUGCCACUGAUCCAACAGUGGUUCAUUUUGACGACGGGCAGUAAAUGAUGGUGGUAUCUGAAUCCGCGGACGGGGGGGUUUGAAAAGGCUUCAGGGAACUUUCAUCUUGUUGGUAUACAGUAACUGUCCCAGCUGUUGUCAGUACUGCUCGCAACAUUUACCGCCCACUCUUCACUUAGCGACUUGCGCCCUACCAAACCAGCGCAGACAAAAAGCCCAUUG